AAAAAAGGACUUUUGUUCUGCAGUCGUUCCAUAACUGUUCAAUACACGUUUGAUUCUUGUUUGAUCCUGAGGCGCCAGGCGUCUGCACCAGCGGUGCGUCGCAGGUUUUUGCCAGUUAGUUUACAAUUGAAAACACAAAGUACACUGCAGAUGCUGUGGUCAAAUCAACACGUACAAAAGCUGGAUGAACUCAGCAGGUCGGGCAGCAUCUGUUGAAAUGUUUUGGGCCGAGACCCUUCGUCAGGUUACAAUUGACACUUGUGCGCUAUGGAGUUGUGCUUUGUUCGUCCUUUGUGAACAUUUGCAGUUUUGUACUUUUUCAAAAAUUAAGCCUUGUUUCUGCAUUCAGUUAUCCAUCACAGUGCAAAAGAAAAUGAGCAGAAGAAAAACAGAAAGUGAUAGUAAGCGUGAAUUCAAUGAACAGUGGGAAAAUUAGUUCUUACUUAUAGCGGGUCCGUCAGGAAAACCGUUGUGCACUGUUUGUGAAAACACUUUCUCACAUAAUAGAAGACAUGAUCUUAAUAGCCACUAUAAAACACAACAUCAGACUGAAAUAGAAGGAAAACUAAACCUAGUGCUUGGAUCUGAGUUAUGGAAAGAAUAUGUGAUUAAGAAAAAGGAAGAAAUCAAAAGAAGAUAAAAUAUAUUUGUUAAAAGUCUCAUUAAGAAUUGAAUGGGGGUACAAGAGUUGUAUGGCGCAUCUGAACUUGUACGUGAAAACAUGGACACAUGGAAGGUAAAAGGUUGGCCACCCCCGCUCUAACUGCUCUGCUAUCAUGGAGCUGUGGAAGCUGCAGCAAAGUAAGUGCUAACAUAAUGUCCAGGCUUGUACAGUUUGAAAAGAGAGGUCAGACAGCCCGAGCAAAAUAGAUCUUUGAAGAGCAUAGUGUGUUUGUCCUGCAGGGGACUGGAGCCAUUUGGCAUACAGAGACCAAAUAUGGAUCUAAUUUAAGAAUUCAAGGCUCACACACCAAAUAAGGGACAAUUACUUUACUAACCUCAUAAUAUCAUCAGUUGAUGUCUAGUAGGAUUUAUUGACUGUAUAAAAAUAGUAUUUAUCUGAUCUGACUUCAGAACAGUGUGAUAACAGGGGCUAUGCUAUUCUUUUACGCAAAUGUGAUGGAGGAAAUGUUUUCAGAGUCCAGAUAAUGGACAAAGACACCACUCUAAUUGUGCUAAAACCACUCAGCCUAAACAGAUUUGCAUAAGGGUUGUUUCUUUAUUCGAUAUUCCUUUAUUUCACAUUUAAAAACCAGAUUUAUUUAAUUUAUUCAUAAUUUCUAUAGAGUUUUACGAAGCUAGGCAGGUUCCAAUGUAACUUAAUACAAGUGAUCCUGCUACCAUACUUCUGUUUAGGAAAGGUUAUUGCAUCUAUAAUCACAUUUUUGCAUCUACUCUACCAAAGUCCAAGACUAGUUUGCAAGACAUUACUUCCUACAAAGCGAAAACCAAUAGCAUGAAUGGCACUACCAGAUGAACUCAAUGCCUUCUAUGCCCACUUUGAAAGGGAGAAUAUAACUACAGCCGUGAAGAUCCCUGCUGCACCUGCAGACCCUGUGAUCUCUGUCUCAGAGACAGAUAUUAGGCUGUUUUAAAGAGAGUGAAACUUCGCAAGGCUCUGAAAACCUGUGCCAACCAACUCGCGGGAGUAUUCAAGGACAUUUUCAUCCUCUCACUACUACUGGCAGAAGUUCCCACUUGCUUCAGAAAGGCAACAAUUGUAUCAGUACCUAAGAAGAAUAAUGUGAGCUGCCUUAAUGACUAUCGCCCAGUGGCACUCACAUCUACAGUGAUGAAAUGCUUUGAGAGGUUGGUCAUGAUUAGAUGGAACUCCUGCCUCAGCAAGGACCUGGACCCAUUGCAAUUUGCCUCUCACCACAAUAGGUUAAUGUCAGAUGCAAUCUCAAUGGUUCUCCACACAGCUUUGGACCACCUGGACAACACAAACACCUAUCUCAGGAUACUGUUCAUCAACUAUAGCUCAGCAUUUAAUUCCAUCAUUCACACAACCCUGAUUGAUAAGUUACAGAACCUGGGCCUCUGUACCUCCCUCUGCAAUUGGAUCCUCGACUUCCUAACCAGUAGACCACAAUCUGUGAGGAUUGGUGAUAAUAUCUCCUCCUUGCUGAUGAUCAACACUGGUGCACCUCAAGGGUGUGAGUUUAGCCCAAUGCUCUACUCUCUCUAUACCAAUGACUAUGUGGCUAGUGUUACGAAUGUGACACAACUCUGAGGGGCCGAAGGGUACAAAGUUGCCCCCUCCUUUUUGAGAAUCGCAAGAUCGCUAUUAAUUCGGGUCUGGGACCCAGGAAAUGAGAGAGAGACAGGCAGAAUACGCAGGGUUUGGAAUGUGUCCUGGCCUCAGCGAAAUGGAACCACUGAUAAUGGCUAUUGACCCUUGGAGACGGAAUUGUGUAUUGAGUGCUGUACUAUUCAUUGAAACCCCUCAGGGGACAACCACAGUGGUCUGGUUGAGGGAUUGCAUCAUCCCAACCUGAUUGACAUCUGAGACCCCGUGAGUAAGGAUAAAAGAGGGGUCUGGGGAACAACCCCUUUUGACGCACCAGGAGAAACACUAGAGAUCCCGUGACAGCGUUUAAUAGCGACAGCCGGUGGGGGCUCAUGUGCGUCCUCCCUUGCCGGGGUGGCAGGCUCCUCAUGGAAGAACGGUUUAGCUAAAGGAGAGGCCACAAGUGAAAGGCCACGACAACGAGACUCCUGACAGAUCAAAAUCAUAAAAGGAAAGUCGGCAAGUUUUUCUCCAAAUCUCUCUCUCUCUCCAACCAUUGCAACCCAGCGGUCCCCAAAGGCUGCAGCCUGCAUGAACUGAGUGAACUUUAUAUUUCCAUUGGACAAUACAUUAUCCCUUAGACAACGAUAGAGCUUAUUUCUUAUUGGUUAUUAUUAUACCCGCACUUUUAGAUUUAGUAUUGACGACGUAUAUUAUCUGUAUAUUUGCAUUGAUAUUAUUUUUGUGUAUUUUUACUAAUAAAUACUGUUAAAAAUAGUACCAUCAGACUUCAACGGACAUCUUCAUCUUUGCUGGUAAGUGACCCAGUUACAGGGUUCGUAACAACAUGGGGCCUCGUCUCGAGAUUUGAUACCAAAUUGGAGGGCCAGUAAAUCGGGCUUUUAAAUCCAAACGUGGGUCUGGUUGCGUGGGUAACCAGACAGGAAACCAGCAAAGAUGGACGUAGACAAAUUUAUAGAAAACCUGACUCUGGAGGCGCUAGAGGCAGCCACAAAGUCAGACUUGAUAAAUAUUGCGAAAGGACUAAAUCUCGCAGAGGUGAGGUUGUCAAUGAAAAAGCGGGAGGUGCGGAGGGCCAUAACUCAGUAUUAUAUUGUGAAGAAUGUGUUUUCAGCUGAGGUAUUGGAAAAUAUCCCUGAAAAGGUACCAGCUAGUGGGACGGCUCAGUUAGAGUUGGAGAAAUUAAGGUUGGAACAUGAAAUUAAGUUAAAACAGCUGGAAGCAGCCAAAAAAGAGAAGGAAAGGGCAGAAAAAGAGAAGGAAAGAGUUGAAAAGGAGAGGGAGACGGAGAAACAGAGGCAACAUGAGAUGGACCUGGAGAAGUUAAGGCAAGAGCGAAGAGCUCAAGGGCUAGACCGAGAGGAGAGGUUUAAUGUUAGUAGGGAGUUUAGGUUAGUACCUCCAUUUGAGGAGAUGGAUAUUGAUAGUUAUUUCUUGCAUUUUGAAAAGGUGGCAGUGACUCAGAAGUGGCCCAGAGAUCAGUGGGUGGCGUUGUUACAAAGUGUGUUAAAAGGGAAGGCACAACGGGCAUAUGAGGCGUUGUCCAUGGAGGAGGAGGGGUCUGGGAAUUAUGAGAAAGUAAAGGAGGCCAUUCUUCGGACCUACGAAUUGAGGCCUAUAGCAAAAGUUCAGAAAUUUAUAGAAAGGUUGGAAUCAGAUGUACACAGAGUUUGCCAAUGAGAAGGAUGUGCUCUUGGAUCGUUGGUGUGCAGCAGAAAUGGUGGAAGAGGAUUUUUGGCGUCUCAGGGAGUUAAUUCUGAUUGAGGAAUUUAAAGGUUGUGUUUCGGAUGAUAUCCAGAUGUAUUUGAAUGAGAAGCCGAAUAAGUCCAUAUCCGAAUUUGCUAGGUUCGCAGAUGAAUAUGCCCUAACCCACAAGACAAAGUUUUCCUUGAAUAAGAGUUACCAGAAAGACCGUGGGAACGGUAGAGAAAGCCCACCGGCUGAGGCAAAGAUCCAGCCGGGAGCUAGUGGUAAAAUUAAGGAGGAAGAAAGGCAAGACGGCAGGAGAGGUCCUGGCUUGACCUGUUUUAAUUGUGGAAAGGUGGGUCAUAUUGCAUCUAAGUGCCCUGCUCCGAGGAAGGAGAUAGGAAAAGAGAAAGCAGCAGUCCCUACAGGAUGUAUUGUGGUGAUCAGUAAAUCGACGAGAAAGCCCCAGGUAGACAGAAUACGAGAGGGGCGCGAGAAAUUUAUUUCAGAAGGAACCGUGUCUGUGAAAGAGGGAGACACACCAGUUCCAGUGCGGAUCUGGAGAGACACUGGAGCUGAGCUGUCAUUGAUUUGCAGUAAGGUACUAGAUUUUGGUUCUGAGACUGGAGAGGUAGCUUUGAGAGGCAUAGGAAAAGGGACAGAAGCUGUGCCUUUGCAUAGGAUCAUUAUAAAUUGUGAGCUGGUAUCUGGACCAGUUGAAAUAGGGGUGUGAUCAGAACUUCCGAGAACUGACGUAGAUAUCGUUCUGGGUAACAAUUUAGCUGGUGGUGACGUUUGGUUGGCCAUGGAGCUGACAAGCCAGCCUGUAAGUGUUGAGGACCCACCCCUAGGUUCCAAGAUCUAUCCCUCAUGCGCGACCACUCGCAGCAUGUCGAGAAAGUCAGCUGAGAAAGAGGCCAGUAUCGAUGUAGCUGAGACGUUUUUACCGACCGUGUACCAAGAGGGGUUAGAGGGUGGUAAAACGGAGAAUAGGGAGGGGAAAGAGAGUAAGGGAAAGGAGAUAGACCUGCCCUUAGCCAGGAGGAAAUUUAUAGAGGCACGGAGUAAAAAUGAGAAACAGAUAGAGCUGUUAGAAGGUCCAGGGUUGGACAUGGAUGAUCUGUCUGGUUUGACAGAACUGUUUGAAGAAAAUUCUAAAGGUGUUCCCGAUAAUGAAAUGAGGGCAAUCCUAGAUGAAAAGGAUGCCAUUACCUUGAAGAAGUCUGCUGGGUUGGCAGAUGAGGUUGUUUCAGCCCGCAGGGUUGAGUUUACUCCGGAAGGGAGUUGCCCAGAGAGUAACUGGGAGGAUCAGGGGAACUUAGAAUUUGAAAAGGGGAUGGGUAUUGAAAGCCUGGAAGAGGCAGAUGUCCCGUUUGAGUGUAUUCAAGAUGUGGAUGCACGUGGUACUGAACCUAGUAAUGAAACUCAGGAAAAGUCUGAGGUAUUUGAUUCAGUUAAAAAGGAAAGCAGUCCUUGUGGGUCAGAUGGACUUGGUUCAGUGAAGAAAGGGUUAACCUUGGUACUAGUAGGAAGUGAGAAUUCCCAGUUGUUAGAGUUCGAAGGUGUGUUAAAAGUUAGUGAGGAGAUAAAAGGUGGUGAGGUGAAUAUUAUUAUUGAAGGAAAAGAGAAAAGUGUAGUUCCUAAAUUGAAUGAAGAAAAUUUAAAGUCUGGAUUGGUGUCACAAGCAGUAAUCAGGCUGAAGGGACAAUGACUUGUUAAUGCCUGCGAAUCAAUUACAGGUUGAUUUGGAAUGUAAGGGUGCCCCACACGCUAUUGUUAUUCAAGAGUGUGCUGUAAAGAGGCAGAAUUUGAAAUGCUAUUUGGACAAAGAGGGAUCGCUUGCAGAUUUUAAAUUGAAAACUAAUAGAAUGAAGGGUCCUGAAGAUAAAACUAACAACUUGCUUAAAAAUAAAGAAUUGUGUGGAAAUUCGGCAAAUGGGCUAAGCUUAGAAAACAUUGUUGAUAAAAUAACUCCUAUGAAAGGAGCAUGCAAAAGCCUAUUCCACACUGGUGCGCAAGCUAACCACGUGGGAGUUAACUGGAAAAGGGGCGAGGGUUGACGGGAUGUCACUUUAAAUAACAGGAUCCGGUUUUAAGGGAUUUUGACAAAGCAUGUAACUAAUAAAGACAACCCCAUGAAAGAUUGACUGUUAAGUUUGAAAGUAAAACAAAGAUUAGUAUUUGCAUGAACUUUUGUAAUAUACACGUAAGCUAAGAUCACAACUCUUCAGUUUUUGUUUGCUGAAGAAAAGGAAUAAAAAUAGGUGGUUAUUAAAUUGGAGUCUGAUGCUACAAGAAUUUAUUAAGGUACAAGAUAUUAAGAUAUUAAUGGAAGUGACAAUGUAAUCGCUAACUGUUUAGAUGCUGAAUUGAAUGCAUCACUGUAUUACUCUGUAGUGAAAAAAAAAACUCUUUUGUAUUGUGUUAGAUUCUGAAAUCCUGUAAGACUCUGUAUUAAUUAAUUUUUACCGGUGGUAAAAAUCUUAGAAGGAAGGGGGUGUUACGAAUGUGACACAACUCUGAGGGGCUGAAGGGUACAAAGUCACCCCCCCCUCCUUUUUGAGAAUCACAAGAUCGCUAUUAAUUCAGGUCUGGGACCCAGGAAGUGAGAGAGAGACAGGCAGAAUACACAGGGUUUGGAAUGUGUCCUGGCCUCAGCGAAACGGAACCACCGAUAACGGCUAUUGUCUCUUGGAGACGGAAUUGUGUAUUGAGUAAUGUACUAUUCAUUGAAACCUCUCAGGGGACAACCACAGUGGUCUGGUUGAGGGAUUGCAUCAUCCCAACCUGAUUGACAUCUGAGACCCCGUGAGUAAGGAUAAAAGAGGGUCUGCGGAACAACCCCUUUUGACACACCAGGAGAAACGCUAGAGAUCCCGUGACUGCGUUUAAUAGCGACAGCUGGUGGGGGCUCACGUGCGUCCUUCCUUGCCAGGGUGGCAGGCUCCUCAUGGAAGAACGGUUUAGCUAAAGGAGAGGCCACAAGUGAAAGGCCAUGACAACGAGACUCCUGACAGAUCGAAAUCAUAAAAGGAAAGUCAGCAAGUUUUUCUCCCAAACUCUCUCUCUCUCCAACCAUUGCAACCCAGCGGUCCCCAAAGGCUGCAGCCUGCAUGAACUGAGUGAACUUUAUAUUUCCAUCAGACAAUACAUUAUCCCCUAAUGAUAGAGCUUAUUUCUUAUUGGUUAUUAUUAUACCCGCACUUUUAGAAUUAGUAUUGACGACGUAUUUUAUCUGUAUA